UUGAGUGUUUUAAAUCGUAUCAGAAUGUCGAAAAAUUUUCUUUUCAAUUUUACAAAAAAAGGAAACCAAGCAAGACGAUUAGCAACGAAAACGGAAGUUUUUAAGCCUUUCAAUGCUAUUCCAGGACCAAGUAAUGCAAAUUCGAUUGGAGAUCCAAAGAAUUUGCAUAAUACCAUUCACAAGAUGCACACGACGUAUGGUCCAAUUUUCCGCAUAAAAUUAGGAGAAGUAAAUGCCAUCUUUGUAAGCUCAUCGGAACACAUGCGAGAAAUUUUCCGUUAUGAAGGCAAAUAUCCCAAACACCCUUUGCCAUCGGCAUGGCUCUAUUUUAAUAAGAAAUUCAACUGCAAACGUGGAUUGUUUUUUAUGGACGACGACGAAUGGCUGCGCUAUCGGAAAAUUUUGAAUCCCAUGCUUCUGCAAAAUUUCAAUCGAUAUCGACACGCAGUUGAAAUGGCGUGCGAUAAAUUGAUCGAUGACGAGAAUAACCGCGUCGUCGCUAAUAGACGGGAUAAAAGUCUACGUGACACGGAAUUCGUUGAAUGGAGGGAUUUAGAGGCACGUUUGUAUCGAUGGUCGAUAGAUGUGGUUAUCAACGUGCUACUUGGAACAAGCAACGAUAACAUUAUUCCACAAACUUUGAUUAAGGAGUUUGGCGAAGUAGUUCACAAAAUAUUUGAGUACAGUGUACCGUUGCAAGCAAUGUCUCCUCUCGAUUUCCCGGAGAGCGUUGAAUGGGAGAAAUUUGCGAAAGUUACAAGCCGCACAUUAGAAUUGGGAAAUCAAAUAAUUGACAAAGCGAUUGAAAAUUGUCCGCUUAACAAUGAAGGAUUGUUAAAUCAAUUCAAAGAACAAGGAAUUGCAAAAGAAGACAUGAGAAGAUUGUUUACGGAUUUGAUUGUUGCUGCGGGCGAUACGACUUCAUUUGCAACACAAUGGGCUCUCUAUUUAGUAGCGAAAAAUGAAGAAACUCAAGAAAAGUUGCGACAAUCUCUGUCAAUAGAUGAUUUUGAAAAAGAAUCAGAAUUAAUUAAAGGAGCUAUCAGAGAAACACUUAGAUUGUAUCCGCCAGCAACAUUUAUUGGAAGAAUAACGGCAGAAUCGGGUGUUAUUGGGAAUUAUGAGAUUCCAAAGGGCACUCUUGCUUUGUUGUCUCUCUACACUUCUGGUCGAAAUGAAAAACACUUUUCUCAACCUUUUGAUUUCAUUCCUGAGCGAUGGUUACGAGAUCCAUCCAAUUUUCACAAAGCAGAUCCACAAGCAUCUUUGCCUUAUGCAAUUGGAGCUCGUUCCUGCAUAGGCCGUAAAAUAGCAAAUUAUCAAAUGCACACGUUGCUUACAAAAAUAUUGAUUAACUUUGACAUGAAGCUGCUGAAUAAAAAACCUAUUGAGUCGGUAAUGAAAAUGGUUAUUACUCCUAAAGAAACUAUAAAAAUCGGUCUGAAAAUGAGAAAAUAAACAUUCGUAACGGUUCUACGAGUUUUUUGAAUUUCAAAUCGAAAAAUAUUAAUCAAAUACUCACAAAUUUAUCCAAAUACACAAAUAUCGUACAAAUACCAUAUGUACGCUGACCAAAUAUUAUUCAUUUCUUUGAAAUUUGUCU